UGUAACCUUAAGCCCCAACACAGAGACAGUGAGACCCAGGUGGAGUUUUUAAUCACAUUUAGAAAUGUCUUUAUCCUGUUUAACUCCUGUGUUCGGUCUGAGAUCUGUUUACAGACUGCACAGGAUACGAGCACACAUGAUGAGCAGUACGGCAGGCGCCGAGGUCCUGAUGGAGAAAGUAGAGAGAGCCGGAGUCAUCACACUGAACAGACCGAAAACCCUGAACGCCCUGAACCUCUCCAUGAUCCGGCUGAUCUACCCGCAGCUGAAGAAAUGGGAGAAGGACCCACAGACGGAUCUUGUUAUUAUUAAAGGUGCUGGAGACAAAGCUUUCUGCGCUGGAGGUGACGUCAGAGCUAUUGCAGAAGCGGGUAAAAUUGGAGGUUCUUUAGUGGAGGACUUAUUCCGUGAAGAGUACAUCUUAAACAACGCCAUAAGGACAUACAGGAAGCCCUAUGUGGCCCUCAUUGAUGGAAUUACAAUGGGAGGUGGUGUUGGGCUUUCGGUCCACGGGCGCUUUCGUGUGGCCACAGAGAAGACGCUGUUCGCCAUGCCAGAGACGGCCAUCGGAUUAUUUCCUGAUGUCGGAGGUGGCUACUUUUUACCAAGACUCCAAGGAAAGCUGGGACUCUUCCUCGCCCUAACCGGGUUUCGGCUCAAGGGUCGAGACGUGCAGAGAUCAGGAGUCGCCACACACUUCGUCCAGUCAGGAAAGAUCGCGGACCUGGAGAAGGAUCUGGUGAGUCUAAAUUCUCCCUCGGCCGGCAACGUGGCCGCAGUCCUCGACUCUUAUCAGGAGCAGAGCACACUGGACAUCGAGAAGCCGUUUGUCCUGCAGCAGCACAUAGAAGACAUCGACAGGCUGUUUGAAGGUCGCAGCGUGGAGGAGAUCCUGGAGAAGCUGGAGAAAGAUCAGUCUACGUUUGCACAGAAGCAGGUGGAGAUUUUGUCGAAGAUGUCUCCGACGUCACUGAAGCUCACCUUCAGACAGCUGCAGGCCGGAGCCAGUCUGACUCUGCAGGAAGUGUUAGUGAUGGAGUACAGACUCAGCCAGGCCUGUAUGAGAGGACAUGAUUUCUACGAAGGUGUGAGAGCCGUAUUAAUUGAUCGAGAUCAGAGUCCGAAGUGGAAACCGGCGACGCUAGCCGAAGUCUCGGAGCAGUAUGUGGAGGAGAGUUUCGCUUCUCUGGGAGACAAAGAUCUUAAACUGUGAAACAACGCUGCAGGCAGAAAAAAACCUCUGAAGACCCGUAGUCCUGUAGAUCUGUAGUUUCUUUCUUUUUAAGACUAAAAUAUACUUAGAUGUGUAAUAAACAUCAAACACACAGGUAAGGAGUAACCAGGGGAAAAACACACCUUCUGACCCACUGGCACAUUAUUUAAAAAAAGAACGUCAAGCUUCCUUUAAGCUUCAACAUUCAGUUAUGAGGCCGUAACGUUCUCUACAUAAUGUCUAUCUGAAAUCCCCUGAAGUUCUCCAAACCACUUCAGCUUCUGAAAAGUUAUAUUUAUUACACACCUGACAGUUCUGACCAAAUACAUUCAAAUUAGGUGUUAUUGAUUGUGUGCAUAAUUCUUUAAAUCAGUAAACAACAUAAUACAUUAUUGAUGUUUCCUUGUUUCUUAUUUACAUAUUUUUUUUAAUAGCAUUUCACUUAACACAUUCUUUAAACAAAAAAUCAUGCUUGUAGUAUACACAAAACCAACUGUUAAAACACAGUACUGGUGCUUAUUAGGUUUUUUUUAUACAUGUUGUUAUCCAGCUGUUUUGGAGAGAUGAUUUUAUAUGAGCUCCAAAAAUGGCAAUUUUUCAGCGUUACAGUAGACUGUCUCACUUUAAACAAUAAUCAAUUAAAAU